AUGAGGCCUCCACUGGCCAUUCUCUUCCUGGCAGAUUGGCUUCUCGCCUCAGCCGUGCGCCACGCGCCGGCCUCGCCGGUCGCGCACACGGUGGAAGUUCCAGCUUUACUUGAAGAAGGCAAUGUAUUUCACUAUGGACAUCAGGUACUGAAGAAGCUUCACAGCGAAACGGACGCCUCACAAGGAGAUGAGUUCAUCUCCUACUUGGCCAAGACGACCAUGGAGAAGUGUGCCGAACUGAAGGUGGCGCAAAACGCCUCCAAUGCCACUGAGCAACUGAAAAGAACACUCAAGGAGGUUUGCCAAGAGACGGACUCAUCCCACGUGGUUUCGGAGAUCUUUUCGCUGAUGAAUGAUGCCCUUGUCGCCAAAUGGAUCUGCGGAGGAUUGACGGCGGUGGACUACAUGUCUGCGAACGAACUUGAACAAUGUCAAGACGCUGGAAAGGUUGUCUUGGGCGGUCUCACCGGCAUGAUGGAGGCGAAAGGCAAGGGGAAGAUGUUGGCAACGAUGCAGACCUAUGCCCUGAAACUUGCGGUGAUCUUUGUGCCGCUGCCUCCCCCGCUGGGAGUCAUCAUUGAGAAGGGAGCGAACCUGGCCCUGUCAAGCUUGGCCAACGAUGCCACGAGUCACCUCGAGAAUCUUGAGACGAAGAUGAGUGCCAUGAUGCGGAAAAGCUUGUCACAGGAAUUGCUGCGGCUAGGCACCGCUCAAGCGCGUGCAGCGGAUGAACAGAUUCAGGAAAUGAUCACGUUGGAUGCUUUGCUGAACGACAUGGUUUCGAAGUCCAGCAAGCUCUUUGGCGGCGACUUUGCGGCCGCUAUGGCCAGGGUUACCAGCUUCAACCGCUGGGCGAUCAUCGAACACGACCUGAGCACCAGUACUGAGGUGCUACGUCCGCCGGAUGAGAUGCAACGCCUGGAGGAGCGGGCGCACUUCGCGCGAUUGAUGGAAACACAUUUGGAAAUGUACAUCUUGGUCCUCUCUCAGAUGCACCGCAGCCUGGGAGAUCGCGCGUCGUUGGAAAUUCAGGCGUCCUUGACCAGGAAGGCGCAGCGUAUGGCGCGGUUGCUGUUACCCGACCUGAUCCUCCAUUCGCAGUCUGUCUCCGUUUCUUCUGCCUCGCGGCAGCUGCAGAUCUUUGGGUCCAGCCCUUUGCUGUCGUCAGUGGGCUCCAGAUGCUCUUCGACAAAGCCAUCGCCCCGAGAAGCUUUGUGCUGUCGUCUAUUGGGGCGGCCAGAGUUCCACCUGGAAUUUCUGGUCACAUGUCUCUGGCUGCCCCUGAUGGAUCCGCCGAAUGGCGAUUUCGCCUAUCCCUUGCGGGUUGAUGGCUUCUCAACGGAGCAAGCCUGUUUCCUGGCGCCAGACGAGUUACCAGACUUGGUGCAGGAUGGACUGGCCUCCUGUGCCAAUCAUCAGGCGAUGGCGAUGCUCCUGAACCUGAGGACCAGCCGCGAGCCGGUCGAGCUUGGUAUGGGGCUGGGCGAAGCGCAGCGGAUGGCGAUGGAAGCGCUACUGCGUCUGGUGAGCAUGGACCGCAGAAUGGGGUCGCGGGGCAUCAGCACCAGACCAGUGGCGCAGAGGAAGGAGAUCCACUACAAGUUCAAGACCCUUGGGUGCCAGCAGGGCGCUCAACAGCUGCACAGGUCUCUUGGUUGGGAUCUGCAGAGCGACUUCGAACACUUGGAUGAUGAGGUGCUCUCCUCCACCCUCUACUUGGAGGCCAUCAUCGAGGUGAUGAACGCCAAAGCUGGGGUUCGUGAGGACGAUGAGAAGCGCCGAGCAUAUCGGCAGGCCAUCUCUGAGAAUCAGAGACUUCGAGAGGAGUCCUUGGCACAGUAUGCAAUUCGCAGACAGAAGGACUUCAGGAACGCGGCCAACUAUGGGGUGGUCAUCCCGAACUCUCUGAAGGCGAUGUUGCUGAAGGAAGGUGCGGGGUUGUCCGACCAAAAUCAGCAGAAUCUCACGGCUCUGCUUCAAGGCAAUGAUGAGGACCCAGACUUAGUUGCCAGAUGUCUCAGUCGCAUGGAUGUGCGUUCAGAUCGGCUGAGCGCUUACGUGGAUGAUGCUGCUCGGGAACCAUCCUACUUGGCUGACACCGAUGCCGCUAGUGAGGAUGACGACGUUUUUGAGAAUGAGGAGGUCCUGCAAGAGUUGGACAAGAUGGAGUUGAAUGAGGACCAGAUUUGUGAGGUCUUCGCCGUCUUGGAGCGCAAGAGAUCAUGGAAGGAGAACAAGCUCUUCAAAGCGGACAUUCGAAAAGAUCGUGGCAGCUUCAUCAAGGAUGGCAACAAUGGCUAUCCCCGUGGUCAAGCUGGAGGGCCCCCUGCCGGAGGCGUAGCUGGCAGGAAUCCUUCCCGCCAGGGUUUCAAUCGUGAUCAGUUGAAGAAGAUCUCCAGGUGUCGUCUUUGCCAGAAGAAAGGACACUGGGCUGCUGAAUGUCCGUCCAAGAAGGGCGCUGGUGGAGCUACGGCCUUUGCCUACUGCAGUGCCAGCGCUGACGUGUCGAGAUCGGCUUUUACCUUCUUGUCAGUGAUGGAGGUCCGACAAGCCAUUCGUCAAGUGCUUUACGGAGAUGAUCAGCAUGGUGACGGAGGUUGGGCCUUUCUGACCUUAGAUGGGGGUGAGGCUGUUCUGGACAUCGGCGCCACUCAAGAUCUCAUAGGGCUGUCUGCCCUUGAAGAUUUGACCAAGGAGCUCAAGAAGGUGGGACUGAAGCCUGUGAAAAUUGACAAGCCCGUCAGCACACCGACAGGCAUUGGUGGAUCAGCUCGGGCGCUCUAUGCGGUGCUGCUCCCAAUCUCACCGGGCGGCAUUCCGGGAAUUCUGGAGAUGACAGUCUUGGAGGGAAAUGUGCCGCCCUUGCUGUCAGUAGGGUUCCUAGACUUUCUCAAGGCGUCCAUUGACCUUUCUGAGGACAAGCUAGUGCUGCGAACUUUGAACCUGGAGCUGCCCAUGAACAAGAUCUCAACUGGUCACUGCACUAUCUCCUUGGUCAAGUGGAAGGGUGGUGAUUUUCCCAUUCCGGAUGACGUGCAGGAGAAGUACGGCUUGCCAGAACAUGCUUUCAACAUUUCAGCUUCAGCCUUUUGUGCGUAUCCAAAAAGUGCUGCUGCCGAGUUUGUCCGUCCACAACAUGAAGAACCAAUUCAGGGAAGUAUUUCAAAGUUUUCCUUUUCACAUGAGCCCAACAUUUUCAGUGAUUUUCACACUCCGCAAGCGAUCAACUUUGUGACGGACAGAGCAGAUUCAGCGACAUAUCAGCCUCCAGCGCCACUGAUGGAGAGCACUCGCGACUCUCGUGCCGCGCGCGGAUGGCAUCAACUGCUGAGCGCGAUGAGCGCACAGCUGGAGACCAACCGGGUGGCCUACAAGAACCUGGCUCGUGCAGAGCUUCGGACCAAGUUCGCUCCUGGGAUGAAGUUGCUGAUGCACGAGGGACACACAGUGGGAGGGUGUCUUCAUCCUUCCGAUGCCUUGAUCAACCGGUCCAACCAAUAUGCAAGAUGGACAGUGUGUCCGAAAUGUCAGGCCAGAGUGUGGUACCAGUCCCUGCGUCGGGGGAGGAGCUCGGCCCAGAGCUCGGUCCAGAGCGCUGCAACGACACCACCGAUCGAGCCCAUGUACCACACUCCGAAGGCACCACCUGUGGCACCUGGCAGAACAGCCGCGACACUGACGGCCUUGAAUCCCACGGAGGAGACUCACCAGGUCCUGGAGGCUGCGAUGUUGAGCUUCCAGAAUCAAGGGGCACAGAUGAGCAUGGCGAUGCAACAGGUCGGCCAGUCCCUGGAGGAGCUGGCGCGUGGGCAGGCUCAGAUGCUGAACAUGAUGCAGCCAAACCUGACACCGGCUCCGAAGCCCGCUGCCACUCCGACACCGUCCCUGCACGAGAGCUUUCACCUGGAUGCACCAGAGGCGGUAGCAUGGUCGGAUGUGGAGUUGGAAGGGUCCAGUCCGGGCUCAAUGUUCAAUCCGAACGAGAUGAUGCCCAACUACGACAACAACAACCACGAAUGCUACAUCUUCAAGUAUGACCUUGGCGUGGAUCAUCCAGCAUGCCCUGACUAUAAGGUUGUUCCUGGUGCGAACGAUCAACGACACUCCACAGAAUGCCCUGGUCUUGAAGUAUGUCCUGACUAUGAAGUCGUUCCUGGUGCGGACGAUCGACGGCACUCUCAAGUAUGUUCAGGUGAUAAAGUAUGCCCAGGUGAUGCAGUACACCCAGGUGCUACUGAAUGUGUUCGACAGCUGAUGAGCACAGGGGAAUCACAGUUUGUGGACCCGACAUCAAGACCCACUUGGGUUCCUCCUUUUGCUCAACAUCGACACCAACGCCUGGCCAACUGCACCUCCUUGGAAUCCGAGGCACUGGGCGAUCCCAACUGGUGUACAAUCUGGAGACGCGUUGUCACAGAGAUGGGAGACAUCAUAGAAGAUAGCCCUGGACCCCAUGCAGCAUUGGAUUUUGCAACACCCCUGGAUUUACGGGUGAGCUGCUGGGGCCUGCCCCUGGACUUUGUACGGCUUGCCAACUUCUCAACUCAGGAGGUUCUGCCCCUACGUUUGGACUCUGAGGGUCAGGUCUCCGAGGAGGGCACGUAUUGGGCAGUUCACUCAGAUUUGUUGAGUGAAGAGGUCAUUGGAUUUUGGACCGAAGCUUCACAUGAUGUCUCUUCCAAGGGCGAGAUCCACCGAUGUGCCCAGAACCUCUGCUUUCUUGCCAAGAACACCACCACCAAUGGGGGCAAUCGGCGACUGGACUUUGCCGAGUUGUUCUCACCGCCCAGAGUGUCUCCUUUGGCACAGCAGAUGGGUCUGAAGGUGGACGCCAGCGCAGUGUUUGACCUGACGGCUGGGUGGGAUGUUCGAAACAAAGAACAUCGACGACGUUUCCGCACAUUUCAGAGCGAGAGACGUCCCAAGACAUUGAUGGCCUCACCAGAGUGCAAGGCCUUCUCUCCACUGCAGAACAUCAACAAGGAGAGGUUAGACCCAGAAUAUCUUCGCAAGAUCCUGACUGAGGGCCAGUUGAUGUGGGACUACAGUCUGGAAGCUGUGAACACCCAGACCGUCAAUGACGACUAUUUUGGACUGGAACAUCCAGAGAGGGCUUCAUCUUGGAAAUUGCCACAAACACAACGUCUCCUACGCAGACCUGAUGUUGCAGUCAUCAUCUUCGAUCAAUGUGCUCUUGGUCUCACGGUAGUUCCAGAUGGCAUGCUCUCACGGAAGACCACCAGGAUUGCUACCAAUAACCCAUGGCUGGCGAAGAGACUGCUACAGGCUCAAUGCGUUGGAGGGCACCCUCAUCGACAGCUCAUUGGUGGUCUCCCAGCAUUAGCUCAAGAAUAUCCACCAGCUCUAUGCCAGUGCAUCGCAGAGAGCGCUCGUGACGCAGCCCUGGGACUAUCUCCUCCCUCCUUUGUGACAGAGCCCAUAGUCUCAGAUGAGCCGUCAUGGAAUUUUCCAACACUUGCUGAAGGAGAAGAAGGAGAAGAAGAGAAUGAGCCAGCGGUGGCUGAACCAGUCACCAGUGGAACCAUCCCGGUUGUGACCGAGGCACAGAAACGACUGGUGCGUCGAGUUCACAUCAACACGGGUCAUCCUCCUCGUGACCGCCUCCUACGAGCCCUACGAGCUGCAGGAGCACUACCACAGGUCUUGCAUUAUGUUCAGCAUGACUUCGACUGCGAGAUCUGUCAGUCGAGAAGCGGACCUGAUGUCCGGCGCAAGGCUCAACUUCCCAAGACUUACUCCUUCAACAAGGUUCUCUGCGUGGACUUCUUCUAUGUGAAAUGGCGAGAACAUCAGAUCGCAGUUCUCAACAUGGUGGACCUCGGAAGCGGCUAUCAAGUUGCUGUGCGCGCUCCUGUUGCUGAAGGAACUCAUGGUGGAACUCCAACAUCAGAGAUGGCAUGGCGUCUCCUCUUGACGACAUGGAUCCGACACUAUGGAGCUCCUCAACUUAUACUCUGUGACGCCGGCAACGAAUUCCGAGGCUUCUUUGAGCGCAGUCUUGAGAACAUGGGCAUUUUCCAACAUGUGAUACACCCGGAGAGCCCCUGGGAGAACGGCAAGUGUGAGAGGCAUGGUGGAUGGCUGAAGAGCAAGAUCGACCGCGAGCUCACCAGUGGCCGAAGUGUGGUCCAGACCUUGGAAGACCUGGAUGAGCUCCUGAGCUCUCUGACCACCACGAAGAACACCUGGCUCAACAAGGGAGGCUUCACCCCCUAUCAACUGGUGUUCGGCUCAUUGCCGAGAAUUCCAGGUGAGCUGCUGGCCGAUGAUGAGUUGGCACAACAUGGCAUGAGUGACGCCUUUGAGGAUCCCAUGGAAGUCGAUGAAGCUGCAGGCGAGUAUCGCCGUCGGCAUCAGAUUCGAGAACGAGCACGCCAGCUGGCCAUGCAGCAGGACUCCACCGAUGCCAUCAAGGCAGCCACCAAGGCCGCACCACAUCAAGAUCGGCCCUGGCGACCUGGGCAGUGGGUCUAUGUCUUCCGCAGGGCCAGAGCGAAUCAAGAGCUUCACCUGAGAGAUCGAUGGGUAGGCCCUGGCAUUGUGGUUCUGGUCAAUAACAGCACGGUGUACGUUGGCAUGAGAUCAAGAUUGUGGAGGUGCUCAGCGGAACAACUUCGGCCAGCCCUGUCCAGCGAGAUUCUGGGGAAAGAUCUGGCCUCAGAUCCUGCAUUGAGCACUCUCUUGAGACAGGUCAUCUCGGGGCAACGAGCUGGAGCAGUAGAUGUUGCACGAGAAGGACCACCACCUGGAGGUUCUGGAUGUGAGCCAGUUGAGCGAGCAGAUGGCGUUCAACUGGCGGAUCAACCACUACAUGGUCCCCUCAGGCCACAUGACCAUCUUCCUCAACAAGCCCCGCAGGAAGUCCUGCCUGUUCCUCCUGGUCUUUCUCCACACGUUCCACUAUUACCUCCAGCACCUGUGCAGAGCACACCAUCCUCCAGAAGAUCAUCAACCCGAGAGCCAGCCAGUGAACCUGGGGCAGUCAUCAGCCCAAACAAUGUUCCACAAAGAGGUCAAGAACAUGCAGAACCACAGCUUCCUCCAAUUCCAGAGCAAGACACCAGAGAUGAACGCUCAGAUGACGAUGCAUCAUCUGGCGAACCUCUCUCAAAGGCACCAAGACUGACAAGUCCUCAGAUGAGGAGUUCCGAUUCAAGCUCAUCAGCCAUGCCGGCUCAUGAGGAGGCCACAACAACCAGGGCACCUGGGACUCCGAUCCGUGGACUUUUGGAUCGAGUUCUCCGAAGCCCGAGAAGAGAGAGAAGCCCGAGAAGAGAUUCAACAACAACGCUGACACCAGUUGAGCACAUUGACUCAACCAACCGCGUUGCUCAGCAGAUCAGAGAGUUUGACCACAUGUCUCUUCCUCAAGAGUCUUCAGAUCAAGCUGCCACUGAGUCGGUCACGUUUUGGAAUUUUCUAUCUGGGCUUCCUCAGACCGACAAGAAGCGCAAUGAUGAGAUCUCAUUGAAGGAACUCAGCGCUGAAGAGAAGAAGCUGUUUGAGGAGUCCGACCGGCUAGAGUGGGAAGCCAUCCUUCAGACCAAAGCCGUGCACGUCAUUUACGGCGAAGAGGCGCAGAAGAUCAGACAGCAGUUUUCAGAUCGGAUCGUCUCUUCACGCAUGGUGAGGCGCAAGAAGCCGCAACCUCUCCUACACAGCUGGAAGGCCAAGUCAAGAUGGUGCUUGCAUGGGCAUACUGACCCUGACACGGGGCUACUGGUCACCUACGCUCCCACACCACAGACGGAAGGCAUCAUGCUCUUCCUGCAGACAGCGAUCAACCAUCAAAUGACCAUUGCCUUUGCCGAUGUGAAGAAUGAUUGCCACUGCCACCUGGAGCCUGGAGCACUUAUUUCCAUUGACGUGCCAGUGUAUGGACUGGACGACGCUCCAGCUGAAUGGCGAGCCACCGUCUCCGACUUCACCGUGAAGGACUUGAAGGCAGAGAGGAACGUGGUCGAACCAUGCUGGUACUCCAUCUUUGAGCCCAAGACUCGUCGUCUUCUGGGUCAGAUUUUGGUGGAGGUGGAUGAUUUUAUCAUUGCAGCUCUUCCAGAGCACUACGACAAGCUGCAGAAACAGAUGCAGGAUCGUUUUACCUUUGGCAAGUGGGAGGUCAAUGAGGCCGAAUUUGCGGGCAGACACAUACGUUGCACGCCUGAAGCCAUUUACAUUGACCAGCACAAGUACAUUCAAGAACAAGUGCAUCCCAUCGCCUUGCCGAAGGGUAGAAGGCAGCAAGCGAAGGAGUCAGUGAGCGAUGAUGAGUUCACGGCGCUCCGAUCACUCAUCUACCGCAUCAACUGGGUUGGCAGAGAGACCCGCCCUGAAGCAGCUGGCCUAGCCUCGAUCAUGGCAUCCAAGCUCAAGCACGCCAAAGUAGAAGACAUCCUUGUGGUGAACAAGUUUGUCAACUACCUGCGAUCUACGUCAGACCGGGCGAUCAAGAUCUGGGCCUUUGAUCCCCGAGAAAUGGCAUUUGUCGUCUUCUCAGAUGCGGGUGGGAUCAACACCAAGGGUUCCGACUUGUUGGAUGAAGAAGGCCUUCCAACAGAUUCAACACAGGGUGCUUGGCUUGUUUUAGCGACUGAGAGGCUGCCACAUGGCAGACAGAAGGUGAGAGCAACACCUCUGGCAUGGAGGAGCAGCAAGUUGAAAAGAAAGGUCUUCUCCACCUACGGUGGCGAGACUCAAUCCAUGUUGCAGGGUGUCAGUGAGGUUGACUGGCUCCAAGUGAUGUAUCGAGAUGCGACGGCGCACGAUGUAGCUCUCUCAAACUGGCGUUGCUCAUUGUCCCCACACAUGCUUGUUAUGAAGGGAGAUUGUGAACUUGGAGGGCGUCAACAGCAGUGCUCAGUGACUGACGCCAAAUCGCUGUAUGACUGUUUGCUGCGUGAGAAUCCAUCCGGUAAGCAGGAUCGAAAAUCCGCAUUAGAACUUGCAAUUGUCCUCAGGGAUCUUCAAGAAACCAAGUCCAUGGUGCGCUGGGUUCCCCACCAAAAGAUGUUGGUUGAUGGAUUGACCAAAGAAGAUCCCCUGAAGGCAAGUGACGCGUUGCAUCAGUUUCUCAAGUCCGGAGUUUUGAGCCUUGUAGAUGUCACUUCAGAGCUGGAAUGUGGAGACCCCACGGAGAGACGCAUCACGUUGCUUCCGUUCACCUUCGACACCGAUGGCCUUUGCUUGGAACGUGUGAGAUUAUUUCAGAACGACGUGGUGGCGGUACUGACCAGCGUGCACUUCGAGUCUAGGCUGGAGCAUCAGUUGUCAGAGAUCAAUCGCAGCACAUGUCGGUUGGCCUACAGAACCAGUGGCGUCCCUUACGGCCCCUGGGCGCGGUCUGAAACAGUGGGACCUUCGUUCGACGCUGCCGACACUGCGGCGUCACAACGGACGCUUGGAAGUGUCUGCGAUCACUGUCACUGGGCUAGCCCUUACUCGUGCGCCUUUCAGCCGCGCAAGCCACAGCCGAAACCACAGCUGCCCAUGGGGGCCGUGAGGUUCAGUGGUCCUCGUUGA